AUGAAAGGUGUUCAUGAGGUGAAGUACGGCCUUCUUGUAACCGUGGCCCUCAUGAUGUUGGCUUUGGCCACUUUCUCCCACCUCGCCUCUGCCUAUGACCCCAGUCCACUACAAGAUUUUUGCGUUGCAAUCAAGAGACCUCUUUAUACGAAUGGAAAGUUCUGCAAGGAUCCAAGGCUUGUCACGGUCAAUGAUUUCUUCUUUUCGGGACUACACAUUCCUGGAAACACCACGAAUCCACUCGGCUCAAAGGUCACUCAUGCGACAGUAGACCAAAUACCAGGCCUCAACACUCUGGGAAUAUCCUUAGCUCGUAUUGAUUUUGCUCCAAAUGGUCUGAAUCCUCCCCACACACACCCUCGUGCCACUGAGAUUCUAGCGGUCGCACAGGGUAGUCUUUAUGUUGGUUUUGUCACGUCUAACGCCAAUGAUAAUCUCCUUUUCGCCAAAGUUCUAAAUCCAGGAGACGUCUUUGUGUUUCCAAUUGGUCUCAUUCACUUCCAAUUUAAUGUGGGAAAGACCAAUGCUAUUGCUUUUGCCGGUCUAAGCAGUCAGAAUCCUGGAGUUAUCACCGUAGCAAAUGCUGUCUUUGGAUCCUACCCUCUCAUCAAUCCUGAUGUUCUCGCCAAAGCCUUCCAACUGGGAAAGGACGUGGUCAACUUCCUUCAAAAACAGUCCUGGCCAGACAAUUAG